GCCACCAACGCCCGGCUUCUGACUAGUUUUUCUUAAUAUUUAUUUAUCUAUUUAUUUAUUAUUGGGGUGGGGGUUGAGACAGGGUUUCACUGUGUAGCCCUACCUGUCCUGGAACUCCUAGAGAUUCGCUGCCUCUGUUUCCCAGGUGCUGGGAUUAAAGGCAUGCACCACCAUUGUCUGACAGCUUGUCUUAAAUUCUUAAGUGACAUUCCUAAUUCUGCCAUUGUUCAGUCAGUUGAAGCCCAAUAUCACAUAACAGAGUGGGAGAGGCAGAAAUAGUAACUGCUUUUCCUGAUCUUAAUCCAGCUCCUAGAGACCUGGUGGUCACCUAACUGCUCCCUGCUGUCUCCACUGCUCAUCAGCCUGGCUUUGAACUGCAGGCACAUCACCAUCGAGCAUGGCCAGUGUGGACCAGCAUGAGGGCACCAUCCAGGUGCAAGGCCAGGGCCUCUUCUUCAGAGAGGCUCGGCCUGGCAGUGGACAGGCUGCUCGCUUCUCUGUGCUGCUGUUGCAUGGUAUCCGUUUCUCCUCUGAGACCUGGCAGAACCUGGGUACUCUGCGUAGGCUGGCUGAGGCUGGCUACAGGGCUGUGGCCAUUGACCUACCAGGUCUUGGCCAUUCCAAGGAAGCAGCAGCCCCUGCCCCUGUCGGGGAAUUGGCCCCUGGCAGCUUCCUAGCAGCCGUGGUGGAUGCCUUGGAGCUGGGACCCCCAGUUGUGAUCAGUCCAUCCUUAAGUGGAAUGUAUGCACUGCCCUUCCUCGUGGCCCCUGGGUCCCAGCUCCGGGGUUAUGUCCCAGUGGCUCCCAUCUGCACAGACAAAAUCAGCCCUGCUGACUAUGCCAGUGUUAAGACUCCAGCUCUGAUUGUAUAUGGAGACCAGGACCCCAUGGGUUCCUCCAGCUUUCAACACCUGAAGCAGCUGCCCAACCACAGAGUGCUGGUCAUGGAGGCGGGGCAUCCCUGUUACCUGGACAAGCCUGAGGAGUGGCACACAGGGCUGCUGGAUUUCCUGCAGGGACUAGCAUGA